AUGUCCUCUGAUGAAGAUCAGCACUUGAAACAGGGUAAGCGUAAGCAAAAUUCUGCUUUUUUGAUGCUACAAGCCAAAUUAAUGCAUGGUGAACAGUUACGUUGCACUUUGGAGUUGGUGGAAUUUCCUCAAUAUUAAUCGGCUUUCCUAGUCUCCACGUUGUUUUACUGCAAAUACCUAUUUCGAACUGCGUUAUCUGUUCUUAUAUAGGGUUUGGUCCAAAAUGAAAUCCGUUCAGCAGAGUACCGAAUGACUCAUUUGCUCGGAAAAGCAAAACUUAUAUCAGGCCUUAUCCGAUUUGAGUAGCAACAGGACUUUAUGUAAGAACAGGCAAAACCUUUCGAGGAAUAGGGAUAAAACGAAACGCAGCAAAGUUCUGAGGAAAACCUCACGAAUGGAAGAGAAAAUGCGCAUUCCAGGUUUUUGUUUAAAAGAAGACGAAAGCACUAUCACUGGGACAGUAGAUUUAUUUGCCUGAGCUUUCGAACUCGAACUGGAGUUCAUCAUCAGAGACUACUUUGAGUGCAGCAAAUUGUGAACCUUUAUAUCGCUCGUCCUUGCGGGGGGGAAGGGGGAGUGCGUCCGUGGCUAGGUAGGGUUUGUGCCGCCUGGUCCACGAUGGUCCCCCGGCGUGGUGACGCCGUGCCAAAACUGUCCUUGCCACUACACAGGCCAAACAGGACGACGUCUCAGCUCACGAAUACUUGAGCACAAACGGGCCGUUCGGAGAGGCGACCCACUAUCUCAAGUAGCCACUCACACGCUGGAGGAAGGCCAUGAGUUCGACUUCGCCAACACUCGGAUAUUGGCGCGAGCCGGCAACAAGACAGGGCGAGAGCUGUUGGAGGCGUGGGUGUCGGACAUCAACUCCAUCAACAGACACAUCGAUUUGCUCACACCGUCGCGAAGUACAAACGGCGUCACCACGCCGGGGGACCAUCGUGGACCAGGCGGCACAAACCCUACCUAGCCACGGACGUACUCCCCCUCCCCCCGCAAGGACGAGCGAUAUAAAUGUUCACAAUUUGCUGCACUCAAAGUAGUCUCUGAUGAUGAACUCCAGUCCGAGUUCGAAAGCUCAGGCAAAUAAAUCUACUGUCCCAGUGACCGUGCCUUCGUCUUAUUUUUGAGGACAACCUCUUGGAGGCGAUUACAUUCAUGCCAAAUUUGUUGACUCUUUAAGUGUUGCGUGGGUAAGAUCCUACUUACUUGCCGCACCUGUGAGGGGUUAGGGUUUGAAAUUGGGGUUAGGGUUGGGUGUUAGGGGCGAAAUUUAAAUCCACUAUUAUCACCGGUCCGUUUCGACAGAAGGUUGGGGCUUGUUAACUGCAGCUGCGGCUAUGGAAUAAGAUCCGACCGUGUGCCAGUCUGGCCGUAUUUUUCUCGUUAAGUGAUCGGCGUAGAAGAUCUAAAACGUCUCGAGCCCGUGGAUACAUGAACUUGGAGUGUAUCAAGUAGAACGGAGAAUAGGUUGGAAUAUGUACACUUGACAGAACUGUAAACAAGGUCCAAGAAUAAAAUUGCUGUGUUUAUGUUCUUUAUAUUUGGAGCGAAAUAGCGGAUAAUAAAUACCUCGUGCUCUCUGAAUGACCAGUUCAUUGCAAAGAAACUAUCUUGCAUUAAUUACAUUUAUAAUCAGAGUAUUUCCGCCGCAACAUGCACGAUUUCUGCAAAUCAUGAUGACGGCCGAGGCAUUCUAGAAACCUAAAUACAUUUCAAUAUCCAGGAUGCGCAUGGCUGCAAUAGAUGGCGUCAAGGAAAACAUCCGUAACUUGGUAAAGUAUUUUCCGUGCUCAAUAACGAACGCAUGUUACUCAUCAGUCAGACCUGACACAACGACCUGAUUACGCUGGGCAUGCAGAAAUAAUGACAUUCAGCAUCGUCGAAUUUGAGUUUCCAUCAUUCAAUUUAAAGUUAUUUAUUUAUCGCAUGCUCAUUUUACGUUUAUCGCCUAAAAACUAGGAGCCUCGGUUCAUUUGCAAACAAUACUGGUAGUUAGUGUUUCGUGUAAAUAAACUAGACAAGCUAAACACAGCCACGCAUGGUAAAACACGGAAGCGUGUUUGUUGGUGUAGACAUGGAAGACAGUGUUAGGAGUCUGAUCUUCAGUAUCUGUUAUUACCCAACAAACUCGCGUGCAAUCACUAACACAAAUGAUAGAAUCGCGCAACACCGCUGCGUUUGUUUGCAUUUUCUCAAGUGGUUAAAUAUUUACAGCUCCAUUCGGGGACCCACACUUGCCAUCGAAAUUUAUCAGUGAAGAAAGGGUAUAUUUUGGCAUAAAAACUUUUUAAGUCCUUGAUAAUUUUCAACCUCUCAUGCCACUACCAUUGCGGAUCCAGGAGUUCCAAAUCACAAGCUGUAAACUUUAGGUGUGGGGAAAUUUCUAGGCUUAUAAAUGUUACCAAGAAGCCAUUAUGUGGGCCUCCCAAAACUUUGUAAUGCAUACUUUAUAAGCAGUAACCAUAAAUGAGGAGAUAGGGCAUCUUCAUGGAAACUUCAUGCUCCUUACAAAUCCCAUAAUUAGAAACAUUUUUAAAACUGAAAGGCACCCUUUUUUAGGCACACAACUAGGAAAAGCCGUAAGUUGCCAAAAAAUGAGUGCAAGUAAUAAUGCUUUUGUGCAUAUCUUCUGUUAAGUUGAUCCGAAUUUAUAAGGGUAUCGAAAGUCAGUGCAAACGUGCAUAUUGCAUAAGUAGUCAGAGUUUGCAGACAGUACUUCCAGCCGGGUGUCGAUAGGAUGUUCACUUGAAAGCCGACCUCCUGAUGUGAGUGACAUGCCUUGGAAUUCUGCUACACCCCACUUAAGCAAUCCGUUCUAACGAAAAAUGCGCUUCAGAAUUUCGGCCCGCAUUGCUUGAGUUAGCUGGUUGAUGCUUUCUGUCUCCAGAAGAAUGAAAUGCAGUUGUGAUGCAAAUUAGUCACAUUUCCUUUGAGCAGUGGGAGGGCGACAAAUCCUAGUGGAGCUACGACAGCGACACUUGAGCUAGUUAAAACCAUCGCCCUCAUUCACUAGCGGGUCUCGAGUGCGACAUAUACUCUCUUGCUUGGUGACUGAUGUGAGAUAUACUAAACCUCAUGCCGGCAGUGUGCAUACAAUUAGUCCCUGUAGCUGCGUCUCUAAAUGGGAAUACGCUAAGCUAGUCCAAAAUUUGCACAUAGAAUUCUAGUGGAAGUAGAAGGCUGGUCGGAGAAUCGAGUUGUACUCACGAUUUUUUGAGCUGAUCACAUCAACGCGUCAUCAAACUUAAGUGCUGGGAGACAUCGUGGUUACCUCGACAGAACAAACGUCAAUGGGGGUCCCAAGUCGUUGGCCGGUAUUUCGGUGAACGCUUUCAGUUCAGUUCUGUUUAGUUUUAUUGAGGGAAAUGCAGGUCUUCACCUUUGAACUCCCAAUUUUUUACAAGCAACUGCAAAAUCUCAAAAACUGAAAAAGGUAUCACAGAGGUAACAAAUCAUAGGAAAAGCGUCAACUCUGUACAGAUAAAAAACUGUCUCGAAUGUUAAUGGUAUGGGCAGUAGUACAGCGGUCGUUUCAAGAGCAUGAGGAAUACAUAAUAUACCUGGGUACAAAAGGUGCAUAGGUACAUGGCAGUAAGCGUAGGCGAUGGGUUAUAGGCAAUAAGAAAUUCAAUUUAAGAUAUUACUGAAAUAUAGAAAGUAGUAGUAUAACGGUGGAAUUUGUCAGGGUUACAGAGGUCGGGUAUUAAUUUAGUGGAAACUGCUAUACAAAUCCAGCUCCCUCUUAAAGACCUCGACCUUAUGACUGUCUGGUAGUAGUAUUCAGGAACUAAGAUUUGUAAGCGAGCAGAUGUUAAGAAAGCAGGAGGUGUCUGUCGUCUGCAGACAUAUUUACGUCCAUUUUCCAUGUGCAUCCCCGACAUGCGCUUAUGAAGAUCAAAACCUUUUGUCAAAAGUGCUACUUCAUUUGGUCAGUCGGGUAGAUAGUGUAAAUACUCGAAACUACGCCGAUGGGAUCGCCGCUAGUGACGUCAAAGUAAAAAGGAUAUACAGGGUCACAUUAGAUGUGUAAGCCAGGAUCUGCUGCCUCCACAAAAAUGAAAAAUCCCUCGAAUAUUAGCCGCACAAAACAGUUUGCCAUUUCAUGAAAAACCCCAUUACUCGGACUCCUAAAAGCUCUCUCUGUCGUCCUUCACAAAUUUUUCAUUCCAGAUGCUCCUGAACCCUCCCUAACCCUGACCCUUUAACUCUAACCCUUAACCGCUGCUCUUAAUCCUAACCAUAAAACAUUCAACGCAAAAGUAGGAAGGAGACGACAUGUAAAAAGUCAAGAAGGACCAUCGCAAUGGGUCAAAAAAGGUUAACACGACAACAAAGAAACAAGGCCGUCAGCAGAAUACACACCUUAACAAACAGCAACACCAUGCUCAGGUAAUUACACCAACUCAAAAUAAUUAAGUAGGUCAGCAGUAUUGUGUCCAUCAAGUGCGGCUACAUAACCACACCAUACCAAUUUUUCCUUCCAGGAGAUCCUGAACCAGCAACUAUUCCGGAAAAGUUUACCCUGUAUGAGGCGGAAUGCUGUCCAUACUGCCAACGCGUUCGGUACACCCUGGAUUACCAUCAGAUACCGUAAGAAAGCCUUCUGUGUUCUCCUGUUCAAACUAUUCGUGCGUGUACACUUUUAACUAGAACCUGUCAGUUACACCAUGCAUGCUUUUAAUGCAAUAUUUUCAGCGGAGCGCCUGGGCACCUCGUUGGCGCCAAUUUAGAUGUUCAACAAUUGAAGGCAUGACCUGUAGCAUUUUAAGAUCAAAUUACUGUCUUCGAACCAUGCUGAGCGUGGGAUAUUUAGCUGAUAUUUUGAGUACGCCAUAGUCGCAACGUGGACGACAGUACAAAUUGCAGAUAAAAGCUAACGGACGAGUUCCAGGUAACAGUUCAGAAGACGAAGCUGUAAUAAAUGGAACAAGAAAUUGACUGGCCUGAAUUUUCGGAUUCUCACUCGAAUCCAUCAUCAGAGACAAUAGCAGAUAAAGGUAAUGGUGGGACACAGGGAGGCAGUAUUAAUAGCACGUGGCUGCUGUGGGUCUCACAAAAGUUUGCGUUCCUCUCCGGCCUAUCGUAUCACUAAAGGGCACUCCAACCGACGAACUGGCAAAGUGGCUGUUUGGACGUAUCAAGUUUCUGACCUCCGAAUCGAGCACCACAUUCAACUCGUAAACACAAUUCUUGGAGAAACUUAAAGGGUUAAGUCUCCUGCCAUGCGACGUGACGGUUUCAUUUGAUGUGACGUCUCUUUUUACUUCUAUACCGUAUGACCUGGCAGUCGAGACCAUCGAACUACUCCUACGACAAAAAUACGAAGAAACGGCUUUUGAAGUUCUGUCUCAUGACGUACUUUACGUUCGACAGAACAAUCUAUGUGCAGGUGAAGGGAAGGCCAAUGCGCUCGCUGAUUUCGGGAUUCAUGAAGGAGGCGGUCCUAAAACGACUGGAGUCACUGGUUGUCCGACACCACAGACCGAAAUUCUGGGCUCGGUAUGUGGAUGACAACUUCGUCGUCAUCGAACGGGAUCAGGUGCUGACAUUCAACGAACAUCUCAACGCCGUCUUCCCGGACAUCAAAUUUACGAUGGAGGAGGAUGACAACAACCAGCUGGGCUUCCUGGAUGUCCUCGUCUGCCGCAAGGACUGUGGUGGCCUAAAAAUCAAAGUGUUCAGGAAAGCGACGAAUACGACACAAAUACUGAACUUCAACAUCAACCACCCGACCAGUCACAAAUGCAGUUGCAUAAGGGCGCUAUACAGGCGCGUUGAGACGCACUGCAGUGAAAUGGAAGACAAGGUUGCUGAAUUACAAUAUCUUCGACGAGUAAUGAGAGCCAAUGUCUACCCGCGCAACUUUUUCAACCAGUGCAUAUGAAAACGACACCAGAGACCAAAUCCACCCGGCCCCAAAUUUUGGCGGGCUCUUCCGUACAUGAAGAACGUCUCGGAGGCCGUCAGUCGUCUUCUCACUGCACUUGGAGUUGGGGUUACACACAGGCCGGAAGCAACCAUUAAGCGCCAAAUCAUGAGGCCGAAAGACUCACUGUCACGGCAGGAAACGUCUGGAAUCGUUUACCGGAUCUAGUGUAGUUGCGGACAAAGCAACUAUGUCGGAGAAACUGGGAGAUUACUCCGUACGCGAAUUGUCGGACACGCAGCAGCAAUGAGGCGGUGGCGGCACAUUCGACGGGACCCGGCCAUAUUUCCAAAUUUAAAGACGUCGAAAUCCUCGCAAGGGAUGACAACCGCGUGAUCGGCGAGCUGCUCGAGCCUUACUUCUCAGGCCCGCAAUCCACCAAAAGCGCAAUGACCUCCUGGUACCGUAUUCCGUUCUGAGAUUUUCCCUGGGCAGUGAAAUCAGUCACGUGGGGAGUGCGCGGACGAGCAAUUGUCGCAGUGACAGUUAGCCAAUUUGCUGACCAAUCAUCACACCAGCAUCCAACACGAAUGACGAAAUCACGGUCAUUAACGACUCGGACGCGGACUGUCAAGCCACCAUCGCAUCAACUACGACCCCAGCGGUGAUUAAGAAAGCUGUUAAUUACAGUGCGCAUAUGGUCCCACGGCAGCCUCGUGACUUAAAUACUGCACUCCUUGUGCCGCCAUUACCUCAAAAUCCGAAGCGUCAGGCCAACAAAUUGCAAAAUUGCAACAAAUUGUGAAUUGCAAAAUUUUCAACUGUUCUUCUUUAUCAUCAAGCCAGAGUGCGGACGGUAGCGCAAAUGUUUGUCGCCAUUGCGAACUGAAGAGCUAAAAUGGCCGUUAGAUACACAAAUGCGAGUCGUUUGUCGGUGGAGACGCAACGCCACGGUAGUUGAAUCACUAAUGCGCCAACGAACGCCCCCUUGGCCUCAGUCGACGUCAUCCUACAAAGUGCCAUUUAAACAGAUGUAUCGGAGUUUAUAGAACUCAGACGGUCAGUGAACCGUGCAACAAAGAGCUUACUAUGGUGGGAGAGCGCUCAACGAUCGCGCGCUACGGAACACACUCGUCUAGUUGGGGCUCCCUGGGGGCUCCUAUCGAGCCCAACAGCGGCCGCACAGCGGCUCGUGACAUAGGCAGAGUGUUAUUACUGACAAAGACGAGAAAGACUGAAAUAGCCAUUUCAGGCUUAUUAGCCGUCGUCAGCCAGUCGUGCCCGACGGCGAAGUGCGGAACACCUGCGGCUCGAUCCCGCAACAUCUUAAAAGUCCAACGCCUCUAACCACUAAGCCAUGGGCCCGUUGUGAUCGGGUAUGUACAAUGGUAGGGGGACUCACCAGUCGCGCGCAGCGGAACUCACUCGUCUAGUUGCGCCUUGAGGCUCCCCCUCCAACCCCGCCUGCAGCCGCACAGCGGCGCCUGAAAUAGGCAAAAUGUCGGUAGCGCUAUUCUGCCCAAAAAGGCUUACUGUCAUAUAUGCCUUCACGUCGCAAUGUGCGUGCCAGCUUGUUUACAGGUGCCUAAUCUGGGUUUAUAAAGCCAACUUUUUCUUUUAUCACUAAGGCUGGUGGACUGGUCCAUAUUUGUAACCGAAGCCUUAGCAAGAUAAUCUACUCCUCAUAACACUAUUUUGCCAUCGGGUCUUGCCAUCGGUUGCGAAGGGCCCUCGAAACAGGCUAACAAAGUGUACUGCGAACUUAUCAUGCGACUUUCGUCUACGUGAGAGUUCGGACGUCGUGCCCGUCAAAGUCCACCGUGUGCUUCACAGCAGGGUGAGAGAAGUACGGUGACGUGCGCGUGGGUUAAUUUGUAGUAAGACUAAACUUGCGCAGCAUCUAUCGUUCUCUCCCAUCGCCCCAACUGGGCCCGGUGUCAGGGAAACAAGAGGCGGGAGAGGGCGCAGCCGACUGGCAUGGCCGGACUCGUACCUAGGCCUACCAGACCCUCGAGUCCACAGCAAGCACUUGUCUUCUACGUACUUGUUACUUAUCCCAGUGGAUGGUCUGUCCCAAAAAAUGUUAACCAAGGCUCUCAAAUUAGCUUUCCGUUACGAAGGACUACUCAGAUAGAGGUAGAAUGUUGAUUAUCAUGCAGCGUAAUGCAGAGAUGUGCGUUUUAGUCACAUAGAGAUGUCGGUCUUAAAAUAGGCUCUUCUUUCUGGCGUCUGCGACAUAAACCCUCGACCAAAUUUGACUGCUUUUAAAACAGGAGUAUUUUUAAAUGAAAAUAUACUUAGGAGAAGUCAGUACAAAUAUAUAACCUCUUCGAUUCAUUUCGUUACAGAUCACGUCGUCAAUUUUUAUAGCCAAGGAAAAUGUAUCUUUACGUUGAAAAACUUUUAAAAUAGACGCAAAAUUCUGAACCCCAUCUGCAGAUAAGCCGAAGCUUAGAACUCCCAGACUACUUGCUCUACGGUUUCCAUAGGUUCUACGGUAAAAAUCGCCUAAACUUUGCAAAAACAGCCAACAAACCUUCGACAAGAUAGAGGAAUGAGUGGAUUUUCUCAAUAACAGAGGGAGUGAAAAGCAUAAUCUAUUGUUGUACACCAUUGCCCAUACAUGUUUUACUAUUGUAAAUACUUCGACCUCUUUCAGAUGCUUUGUGCCUACCCGUUUCGCGAAUGAUUAUUACUUCUACACUCAACACCGUGAAACGUCACUGUCAAUUGUUCUACUCAGGCUCUAAGUCCUUACCAGUGAUAUUGUUUCCUCUUAGGUAUGACCGCAUUUUAAUAAACCUCAGCGCCAAGCCCGGCUGGUAUUUACGACUUUAUCCGGCGGGCAAGGUCCCCCUGCUGCUCUAUCGAACUGAACAAGUGACUGACUCGGAUCUAAUCAUGAAGUACGUCGACCAGUUCAAGGGCGACGAGAGCUCUCUGCUGAGUGUAUGCGGCGAAGAGGGCUUUAAGAUGGCAUUGGAUUUGUCAUCCGCCGUAAGUCUGUUGAACUUCAUACUCCGGUUCAAAAUUAUCCGCUAACCCAGCCAUUUCCAGUCUCCCACUGCCUCUGUUGAAGUGUCCGUUCCUUUGCUACGUCGUCACUAGAAACAUCAUCAAAAGCAAAAACCAUAAGAGCGUUGUCUCUAUCAACAAAGAUAAUAACCGUCGUUGCCGCCGAUGUCCACCAUGUCGUCCAUAGCAGGGUAGGACUUGCGCGUGAUUUAGUUUAAAGUAAUAGUAGACUUGCGCAGCAACAACUGCGCUCGCUCCCACCCCCACCGUGACUCGGUGUCAAGAAGACUAGAGGCGGCAGGAGGCACCUAGGCGUACAGCCAAACCCACUGGUCCACAACACAUACCAACCAGGAUUUGAUGCCACAUCAAAAUUAGGUAGGCGGCCGUCAUUCCAAAUGGCGCGGCGUGCACCUGCAACUAGACGUGCCAACACACACCCAGUGUUGGCAUUAGUUAUGGGUACGCAUUCCCAAUAACGCCUACCGGGGCCCCUUUCUGGCCACUGUGUUGACCCAACGCAUUAACCGAGUGACCCGCUUUAAGGCCAGAUCGAGAAGAAUGCCCGAAUACCCAGAAACUUUAUGGGGAGGGAUCCCGUAUAUGCGCGGAGUAGGAAAAAAACUAUGGAGAGUUGUUCGCGUUAUUUUUAAAAGUGGACGUUGCUCUGUAGAGUCGGUGCUGCUGAAAUGUCUGCAUUGCCUCAUUUUUCUGCACCGCGCAUACGCGGUUCUUUAGCAAGAGGAAAGCGCACUUUUUAAAAAAAGAAAUCAGCACGGAGAGCAGUCAGAUGGUAAAAAAUACUCGAAAUAUAUCUGGAUUGAAUGUAUACGCCUGCCAGUAAAGCACGAAUGUCAAUUCGCUGGAGUAUUUGUCAAAUAACGGUUAACGCAUUCUUACCCUGCGCAUUUUCUUAGUCCUUUCUAGUUAGUUAAACUUCGGUAUGUAGAUUGCAGUUAUCACAUAGUGACUGACUCGAAACUCAUCAUGAAGUACUUCGACCAUUUCAAGGGCGACGAGAGCUCUCUGCUGAGUGUAUGUGGCAAAGAGGGCUUUAAGACUGCCGCGGAAUUGUCAUCUUCCGUAAGUCUGUUGACUUUCAAACUGCUCAGUAACCCAGGAAGUGGGUUCAAAAUCAUUCACCAGCCCGGUCAUUUCUGGUCCCCCACUGUCUUCGUUGAAGUGCCCGCUCCUUUACUAUUCCAUCACUAGCAGCAUCAACAAUAAUGAGAGCGUUGUCAAUAUCAACAGGGCAGUAUUGAUACGACAGUUUGACAGUCGUUGCCGACGAUGUCCCCCAUAGCACAGGGAGGAAGACCUGCACGUGGGUUAGGUUAAGGUGAUACAUGACUUGCGUUGCAUUUACUGAGCUCUCUUCCAUGCUCACAAGGGCUUAGUGUCAAGAGCACCGGAGUUGGAGGGAGGAGGAGGAACUGGCGACCGACAGAGUGAAAAUCGCACCUGGGUGUACAACCACUCCCACUAGUACAAAAUCCUCACUGACCAGGGAUUAAUAACACAACAAAUUAGGUGGGCAACCCUCAUCCCUCUUGACGCGACAUGCGCCUGCAAGUAGGCCUGCCGCCACAUCCCGACUGUUGAAAGUUGCUACGAGCGCGCAUUCCCAUUAACAUGUUGGUCCUGCGUUUCUACCGUGUGACCCGCUUUAGGGGCACUAGUACUGGUAAUAAUAUCCAGCAAACAUAUGCAUAAACAAUGCUCGAAUACCUGAUAAGUUUGUCGGCAAGGGUUAAGUAUAAGCGCGGGGUAGGAAAAAAAUUGUGGAGAACUGCCAACAAUAUUUUAUAGAGUGGGUGUUGUUCGGUAGAGUUUUUGGUCGGCCCUUUGACGGCAGGAGGACGUUCGCUGACACGUACCUCCCCAAAAAGCCGUUUCUGGUUCACUGGUUCAUUGUUCUGUACCCUCGCUGGUACUUCAUUAGUAAGGGAAACCCAGUAGAAAACAUUCCGCCAUGGAGAGCAGUCAGGUAGUAAAAAAUUCGAAAUAUCGUUAGAUGGAAUGUAUGCGUCAGCCAGUAAGGCAGGAGUGUUAAACCGCUGGAGAAUUUGUUAAACGACAGUAAGCAUUUUCUUACCCCGUGCAUAUGCUUAGUCCUUGUCAGUUAAACUUUGAUACGCAAAUUGCAGUUUUCACAGAGUUUCCUUUUUACGACACCACGCAUGGCGGUGGAUUCGACGUCGCCUGUAUGUCUGCUUACUUCCGAACAGUUCGUCCGCGCAUUUGGUAGCACAAAAAUUGAUACUGUUACUUGAUAGACUAGGCACAGAAUCACUUAACAGCACUUUAUUUUCCGGUCUAGGGUUUUAUCCACGCAAACUUUGUGACAUAACCACCACCACCACCACCACCACCACCACCACCACCACCACCACCACCACCAUACCACCGCCACCACCAGCAUCAUCAAUAUAACCACCAUGAUCAACGCUUGACACAACUGACACCAAAAUCACCGCCAACACAAUCACAACUACCGCAAUCAGCACAACCAUCAUCAUCAUCAUCGACAUUAUCAGCAGAAGGAGGCGCGUUGUGUACUUACUCACUGCUAUUGUUUGUCUGUCCGACUUCCUUUUCAAUCCUUUUUAAGAACUUUUGGAGUUCAACACACCUAGUUGAGACCAUUUACGCUAGCAUCCGACGCUGAAUGGCUUUUACCGAAGCGUACUUACAGACUGCAAACAAAAGCUCCAAAGCUUAACUGGAAAGAGAACCUGUCUGUACUGAUUAUUGUCAAUAAAUUAGGUUCACUCCUAUUGUGAGUUGCAAUGCCCGCAGCGCCUUCUCCAAGUGAAUGAAUCGGGCACCCACUAAGUGCUUGCAAAAAUCGGACUAACGGGCUUAAACGCCAAAAGUUUGUCGAUGUAGGAUGGCUAACAACUUGAGAACUCCAAAUAUAGAAGUCAGCGAACACAGCUUUAUGGAUAAGCCUUUACUGAAGCAGAGCGCGUACAGACAGUUCCGUAAGCAGUAGCAGUUAGAGUUCUGACUGGACAGCUGUCCUCCCCAGGCUUUUGCGUGUUUUGCCAGGAGGUGAAGUGUCUACAGCUUCGACCGAUCGAUGAGGACAGAGGUAUCGAUCGGUUUCACGGCGUCGCAAGCCAGAUUUUGAGUCACAGGGGUACACGGACCUAGGACGCAAUGGGAAAUCUGCGAUGCCGGCGACCUUGACAGCGGGUAGCCACAAGUUACCUCUACAGCUGAUUUUCGACCUUCAUGUCAAUCUGUCGUCAUGGUCAUAAAAAGCCCGACACCUUUUCGUUUUUCGUACGCCAUUUAGAUUGCGCUUCCACGCUACAAGAUAUGUUUCACAACGGACGCAACCAAGGACGACGUUGAUGCACUCAAGGACGCCCUAUCAAAUCUCGACAAGGCUAUUAAGGGACCCUACCUUAUGGGUACGUCAGUUUAUCAUCGUUAGGUCUUUGCCUUUUUUCCAGCAUUGCCUUGCAGUGGUAGUGCCCUCGAAACCUUAACUAGUUAAAGUCUUCACCCCGCCAACCUUAUGCGAUGUCUACGAAAUUCUUUUUCGAUCUUCCCCUUUUUUCCCGCCUGAGAUGACGUUUGCGGAGAUAAAUUCAUCUCACUUGUCAGGACAAAUGGGCACCCCUUUUUCGAUCUUGCCCGUCUUCUCCAGCUGUCUUGUAUGCCUUCUGAAAACUAACCGCUUCUUUCUUGUCAAGAAGGAACACCAACGAUCUUUAGGAUCCUGUAAAUUAAUCAUGACAAUUUUUCUUGAAAAAGUGAAAGCCGACCGCCAGGAAUACCUUUUUAUCUUUCAAAGGUGAAAACAUGAGUCUGGGCGACCCUGCACUCUUCCCUUUCCUCAAUGCCUGGGACUUCGUGAUGGGCCGACUGAUGAAGUUGGACGACGCGUCCGGCGAUAGCAUAGAGGCGGUCGCCUCUCACUGGCCUAACGUGCUGCAAUACCGUAAACUUAUGAACCAACAGCCCUUCAUCACAAUGAACGCCUUCCAGGACGAGGAUUUUGCAAAAUUCGUGGAUGAACACAUUGCUGCGAAUUCCUAA